AUGAGAAAAUUCUUAAAAUACUCGCUUGGAUUAGGAUUAGGAGCCUUUGGUUAUGAUGAGUAUAAUGAAAGUAAAAUAAUUAGAAGAAAUGCGAAUACCAUUCGUUGUGGAUUGAAUAUUCUAUACUAAUACAAAAUCAGAUUUAAUGCAGAGAAUGCAAACGAUGUUCAUGAAACAGUGGCUAAGGAUAUCUAUGAAACUUGUAUAAGGAAUGAUGGAUUAUAUGUUAAAUUUGGAUAGGGAAUUGCUGCAUCUGAACAUUUGUUGCCUCCUCCUUAUUUCAAAUGGAUGAGUUUACUUCAAGACAAAGCAAAAGCAGUUAGUUUUAAGAGAGUUAGAGAGAUAUUGGAAGAAGAAACUGGGAGAAAAAUUGAAGAGAUUUUUGAUGAAUUUGAUGAAAUUCCUAUUGCAUCUGCCAGCAUAGCUUAGGUUCACAAGGCAAAGUUAAAGAAUGGAGAUGUUGUUGCAGUAAAGGUUUAGAAACCAAACAUAAAGAAGCAAUUUGGAAGUGAUAUGUUUAUGCAUCAUGUAAUUUGUGGAGUAUUGUAAUAUGCAUUUGACAUGCCCUUAUUACAAUUUCAAGAAUCAAUUCAAUCUAAUUUGAAAAAAGAAAUAGACUUUAGGAUUGAAUUAGAGAAUGGAGAAAUCAGCAGAAGGGCAUUACAAAUAAUAGGGAGAAAAGAUGUUCACAUUCCAAAAUUUUAUGAGGAAUUGAAUACAUAAAGAAUUCUGGUUUCUGAGUGGAUUGAUGGAAUCAAAAUAUCGAAGCAAGAUGAAAUUCAAAAGCUUGGUUUCAACACAAAAUAAAUUAUGGAUACAGUGAUAAGUGCUUUUGCUGAGUAAAUAUUUAUCUCAGGAUUUGUUCAUUGCGAUCCUCAUCCAGGAAACAUUUUUAUUAGACCUAAGCCUGGAAACAACAAGCAAUAUGAAGUUGUGUUGUUGGAUUUUGGAUUAUGCAUCAAAUUAGAAAAUUAAUUCAGAAUGGAUUAUUCAGAGUUUUGGACUUCAUUAUUCUUACAAGAUUUUACUAAACUUAAAUAAAUAGUAACAAAAUGGGGAAUUGGCAAUGAGGAGAUGUUUGCAUCUAUGUAAUUAAUGAAACCUUAUCAAAUGAAACAACCAGUUCAUUGUCAUCAAGUAACUAAAGAGGAUGUUAUGAAAUUAUAAUUAAAAAUGAAAGAUGAAAUCAGAGAAAUGAUGAAAUAAACUGAUCUAUUUCCAAAGGAUUUGCUUUUUGUUAAUAGAAAUAUGAAUCUUGUUAGAUCUGUCAAUAAAAGAUGUGGUAGUCUUGUAAAUAGAAUCAAUAUUAUGGCAAGAUAUGCUUAACAAGGUACCUAAUAAUUUAAUGAUAUUCUUGAAUCUUAAAAAUUCAACAGAAAAUAUCACUCAAGUAUCAUGUUUGAACUCAGAUUAUGGGUCUCUGGAUUAGUCUAUUCAUUACUCUCGAUCUGGCUCAAGUGGAAGAAAAAUCAAAAGGUUGAAGAUUUCUUAGAGCAAAAGUAAAAAGAAUAAUUUUAAGGAAUACACGAAUAAUAUGGUUUUAAAACUCCUGAUGAAAAAACUUUUGAUGCUUGA